GAUGAGGUCCUGAGACAGGAAGACAAAGCUGAAGCUAUGUCUGGCCAUAUUGAUCAGUUUCUGAUAGCCACGUUCAUGCAGCUAAGACUCAUCUAUAACACACACAUGGCAGAUGAGAAACUGGAGAAGGAUGAGAUCAUCAAGUUGUACAGCUGUAUCAUUGGCAACAUGAUUUCGCUGUUUCAGAUAGAGAGUCUAGCCCGGGAGGCCUCAACUGGAGUACUGAAGGACCUGAUGCAUGGCCUCAUCACCCUAAUGCUGGAUUCUAGAAUUGAAGAUCUAGAAGAAGGACAGCAAGUGAUUCGCUCUGUGAACCUAUUGGUGGUGAAGGUUCUAGAGAAAUCAGACCAGACCAACAUUCUGAGUGCCCUACUUGUUUUGCUCCAAGACAGUCUACUAGCAACAGCCAGUUCUCCCAAAUUCUCAGAGCUUGUUAUGAAGUGUCUCUGGAGAAUGGUUCGACUCUUGCCUGAUACCAUCAACAGCAUUAAUCUGGACAGAAUUCUUCUGGAUAUACACAUUUUCAUGAAGGUCUUUCCCAAAGAGAAGCUGAAGCAGUGCAAAAGUGAAUUUCCCAUAAGGACCCUAAAGACUCUGCUGCAUACCUUAUGCAAAUUAAAAGGGCCCAAGAUCCUGGACCACCUAACAAUGAUUGACAACAAGAAUGAGUCUGAGCUGGAGGCCCACCUCUGCCGCAUGAUGAAGCACAGUAUGGACCAGACCGGGAGCAAAUCUGAUAAGGAAACAGAAAAGGGAGCAUCUCGAAUAGAUGAAAAAUCAUCCAAGGCCAAAGUGAAUGAUUUCUUAGCUGAGAUUUUUAAGAAGAUUGGCUCCAAAGAGAACACUAAAGAGGGUCUAGCAGAAUUGUAUGAAUAUAAGAAAAAAUACUCAGAUGCUGAUAUUGAACCGUUUCUAAAAAAUUCCUCACAGUUCUUCCAGAACUAUGUGGAGAGAGGCCUUCGAAUGAUUGAGAUGGAGAGGGAGGGCAAAGGCCAUAUCCCCACCUCCACAGGCAUCUCCCCUCAGAUGGAAGUCACAUGCGUCCCCACUCCCACAAGCACAGUGUCCUCCAUAGGUAAUACAAAUGGAGAAGAGGUCGGACCAUCUGUCUACCUGGAAAGGCUAAAAAUCCUCCGGCAGCGCUGUGGUCUGGACAAUACCAAGCAAGACGACCGACCUCCAUUGACGUCUUUGCUUUCCAAACCAGCAGUUCCUACCAUCGUCUCCUCCACAGACAUGCUUCACAGCAAACUCUCACAGCUCCGGGAGUCACGGGAGCAGCACCAGCAUUCAGACCUGGAUUCUAACCAGACUCACUCUUCAGGAACCAUGACCACAUCGUCCUCCUCCACAGCAAACAUUGAUGACUUGAAAAAAAGACUGGAGAGAAUAAAGAGCAGUCGCAAAUGAAGCUGC